AAUACUUCACAGUGAAUAAUCACAAAUAUACUUACAUAAUAUCAACCAAGAUAAAAUCAAACUAAGAUAAAAAUGGUGGCCAUCAACAGAAGCAACGCCGGAAGCGUCUCUGCCCAGUACCACGUUACCUUUGGAUCAGAAAAUGUCCAGGAAUUUAACAGAUGGGAGCCUGCACACGUCUGCAAUGCCCAUCCAACCUUGAAGAUGAAGAAAGCCAAGUAUCCCCCGGCUAUCAGAGCGCGCAGAGGUGCUGGACAACGUCUAUAAGCAACAAUCUGGUACGUGUGUAUGCUUAAAGCGCAUGCGUGUAGUCUCCGAAUGGAUACAUAGCUGACUAUUGGAUAUAGGAGUUAUCUUUUGAGGAGAGUCUCAAGGCAAUAAAAGAAGUAAAUGCAGCUGACUAGCGCAGAUCAGCUGCACAUCGACACUGGUUAAUGCAUUACAUAGUAAAUAGGGCUGGCUAAAACCGAAUAAACUACAUACAAUACGAUCUCUGAAGCCUUUUACUUAUAGAGGCUCCCGACUAAACCACUCUGUGCAAUGGCAGUCGGGAAAUGUAGUGGCUUCGCUAUGCGGUUCAUUUACGUCUUUUCUUCCAAAUUUAUUCCACCGCCUUGUUCAUCAUUCGCUUUUAGAACGAUAGGCACAUCAACUCGGGUUGCGCUAAAAUUAGCCAGUAAAUAUCCUUUAAGACUAUGAAUCCGCAAGUUAUUAAAAUGAUAAUAACGCACAUGGUCAGUGACGUUAAUUAUGGCACGUGUGAGUAGCACGAAGCAUCACUUGCUUCUCAGUUUGUGGACAAUGCCAUCCAUCCGCUGAAUAACGAGUAAAGAUUGAUUGUGCUCAAUUAUCUCCUGUAUUUCGCUCUAUAAAACAUAGUCGACGAGAUGUUUCCAUGCAUUGUAGGUCCAUGCAUGCAUCAAAGCGAUUGGAACAAAGUCCCCGCCACAAGUAUAUGCGCGGGGUGUGUUGCGUAUCCGUCUGCGAGUGUAUGUAAAUAUAGAUUCGGGCACUUUUUGGCGCAUAUUUUCACACCACAGUGUAGCUCAGGAUGGACCAUUAAUUAUUUUCUAGUAACUAUCAAAUCUAG